AUGGCGGAAGAAAAUAUUAAGGAAAAACUUGAACUUUUAUCCUCGUAUUCUAGCUGUGAUGCGGCCGAUGCACUUUUAAAAUUAACUUACCCUCACGGGGGCUACCUGCCUGAUAUCAUUAUGUUCUCACCGGAACAACAAGCCGGUCCCUCAAAACUUGUUGGUCCUGUGUUCACUGUUAAAGUCGUCCCAAUCGAUGAUACAACUUCUCCAAAACCAAGUCAACAUUUUGCUGAUGCAUCCCCGGAGGGUAGCGUGGUUUUUGUAUCAGCUCCACCAAAUGCAUUAAAUGCUGUUUGGGGUGGGCUGAUGAACACAAGGGCAAAAAUGCGUGGUGUCAAGGGAGUUGUGGUUGAUGGUCGCGUUCGCGAUCUUGGAGAGCUCCGUGCCGAUGGACUUCCGGUAUUUGCAAAAGCGACAUCUGUACUUUCUGCUAAAGCAUACACUCGUCCAACAACCCUCAACCAACCAGUCACUCUUAAUGGGAACUAUAACCCACCGAUUACAAUUAAUCCUGGGGAUGUAAUAAUUGCGGAUUUGGAUGGUGUGGUCUGUAUUCCCCUGCAGUUGCUGGAUAGUGUGCUCGAUUUAUGUAAAAAGAAUGUAGAAAUGGAUGAACGCGUGAGGGAGGAAUUACUCAAAGGCACGACUAUCGUAGAAGCAUUCGCAUUACAUAGAAAGUAA